AAAUUUACGGCGAGAGGGCAAGAAUUUACGGCAAAUCUACCGCUAAAAAUUAAAAUUGCAACACAUUUACAUUGAUAUUAAUUUCAACGGUUAAAAUAAAAACAAUUAUCAAAUUACUUAACAAGUAAAUUCCUAUGCCAUAAAAUUGUUUGAGUUCCGAAAGUAAAUGCGAUAAAAAGGAAACGAAACGAAAAACCGCCAUCAAAGAAAGUAACAGAGGACGCCAAACUAACCCAUAUUCCAACGACCGCGAAUUUCAAGACCAAGCGGAGAGGCAGAUAAAAGUUAAUAAAAAAAAAAUAAAAAAAAUGAGCAAAGACAUAUAUUAUUCGGACAAAUAUUUUGAUGAGAAAUUCGAGUAUAGACAUGUGGUCUUGCCGAAGGAACUCGUGAAACUCGUACCGAAAACACAUCUAAUGACCGAAACGGAAUGGAGAUCGAUUGGUGUACAGCAAUCGCGUGGGUGGAUUCAUUACAUGAUACAUAAACCAGAGCCGCAUAUUCUACUCUUUCGGCGACCAAAGACGGAGGAGUAGGACAAGAGUCGAGCCCUGGAGAUAAACCUAAGCACCCAAAAGAUGAUGUCCUCGUUUGUCAAGGGCAAGAAGAAAAGGAGUCGUCUUUACAUAAACACACACACACAUACAUAUAUAAGAACAACUGAUGCACACACCAACACAUUCUCACAAUUACCGAUUCACGUCCGGCAGCUGCUGCUGCUGCUUAAACGGUGGUAGCUGAGGCAUUCAAUGAAAAACCAACUGUUGCAUGCCCUACCCCCCAAACCCCGUCAUCAUCCUCAAAUAACAUUUGUUCUGUUUUCUCUCCCUCUCUUUCUCUCUCUCUCUCUCUCUUCCUCCCUUUGCUUUGAUCCUCCCUUAUAACUUACAUUUGAAGAAUUUCUUUAGUUUGCCUUUCAUUUUGAUACAAAAAAUACAAAAAGUUUUAGAAUCUUCAAGUAUUUUAUGCCAUAUUUUCUACUUUUUGCCAUAAUAUUAUGUAUUUUAUGAGAAAAUUUAUGAGAAAUAAGAAAUAUGAAAAAACAAAACAAAAUCGUGAAAUUUUUGCAUAUUUUCUCGUUCUUUCAUUUGAAUUCUCAAAAUAAUGUUAAACGAAAUCUGAUUUGUGAUCUUUGAAAAUUUUAAUCAAUAUAUUACCUAUGUUAACACAUAAAUAUAAAAAUAAUAAUAAAUAUUAAUAAUGUAAAAACUUGAGGCGUUGAUUGCUUUAAGUUUUUUAUAUUUUAAACAAAGAAAA